AUGCCGGCAAUGUGGGCCCGGUCAUUGUAUUUGCUAAAUUAAUCGAUAACGAAGGCCUGUGAUACAUCUUGAAGUAUAUAGGCUGAGAGAGCAAACAUUUCUGUACAAAAUCCGAUGUCAAAUAAUAGUUUAGCACUGAAGAUAACGCAAUGGCGUGCAAAUCUUUCACCAGAAAAACAAUUUUGGUCCCGGUACUACUCAAACAGAAGUCAUUUGUGGAAGAAUCAAAAGAACAUACUACGACCUUUCUCAAGGGCCUCGUCAGGUAGUUUCUUGCUAGAAAGGCAGAGCUGAGCCACGACAAGCAACACAACUCCGUCCAUGCCGUUUGACGGUGUUACUAUCUCUUGUUCUGAUCGAACAAAGAAUGAUAACUUUCGCAAGACAAGAAUGGAGCACGAUAUCACUGGUCACUCACUGCAC